AUGGGCUCGCCAGCCAGCCAGCAGCCAGCAGCCGGCCAGCAGCACAACCUUGGAGGUAAAUUCUUCAUUGUCUUCGCACUGUUCGCCUACGCGGCCGCCGAUGUCAGCCAUCUGAGCAAAUAUCUGCCACCCGUGCAGAGCUACAAUCGUGCUCCAUCCAAUGAGUAUCUGCCGCCUGUGCAGCAGAGCUACUCUGCCCCCUCGGUGAGCUACUCGGCUCCAGCUGUCCAGCAGUCCUACUCUGCCCCCUCGGUGAGCUACUCGGCACCAGCUGUCCAGCAAUCCUACUCUGCCCCCUCGGUGAGCUACUCGGCACCAGCUAUCCAGCAGAGCUACUCUGCCCCCGCUCCCGUGCAGCAGUCGUACAGUGCCCCAGCCGUUAGCUACAGUGCACCCUCCAACGAAUACCUGCCCCCAGUGCAACAACAACAACAACAACAACAGACUUAUGCUGUUCAGCAGUCCUACGCCGCUCCAUCGGUCAGCUACUCCGCACCCUCGGUCGGCUACUCCGCACCCUCGGUGAGCUACUCCGCACCCUCGGUCAGCUACUCGGCUCCUGCUGCUGUCCAGCAGACCUACUCUGCUCCAGCUGUGCAACAGAGCUAUGCUGCCCCAUCGGUCAGCUAUGCCGCUCCAUCGGUUGGCUAUGCCGCUCCCUCCGUCGAUGUCGGCACCCAGUACGCCUCCAACGGCGGCUACGUCUACAGGAAGAAGUAA